UGGUAACUUAAAUAAAGAAUUUUCAGUAAUUGUAUUGGUUUCACUUGUUUUAGUUCUUUCAAAUAUCCGCCUCAUAAAAUAUUUUUAUUAGAAGCAGACGUUCCUAACUAUAAAACAUUUCGUGAAUAGGUAUGCAUGUACAUGUACAAUCCUUUUAUGAAACAUAUAAAUCCGAUAAUGCAGGCUUAAUGAUUUUAAACAACUAAAGGAUUGUUCGUGACAUUGUUUACACCAUAAUUCCUUUAUCAUUCCUCAACUUGCCCUUGAUUUUUUAUUAUUUCUUAGCCAGAUGUGGCCUUCAAGUGAUACAUUACAGACUGAGAGAACCAACACCAAUAAAUUGUUUCGAAUUCUUGAAAACAAUAUACUUAUAGAAAGAAUUGCUUGUAAUAACAUUGUUGACACAUUAUCACAUACAAGACCCGGUUCAAAUCCCCAUUAGCUUCUACGAUUUGUCAAAAGUUUUUAACCACAUUUGCAAUUCAUUUGUCAAAACAGUCCAAUUAACAGUAAACAAGGGUCAUUAUACUGCGCACAAUUGCAAAACAUGAAAAUAUCCAAUUGCAAAGGAACCGCUUUGUCUAUUUUAACAAAGGCUUACCAAAAACGCCGUUGUGUAUUAUUAUGUUUGUAAUGCCUAUUAUUUUACUAUUAUCCGAAGAUGUGAUGACUGUAUUGGAUGAAUAUUAUAUUUAUAAAUUUGCAAGCGAAGUCAUUUGGCUGAAUAGAAAUUGGCCUCACUAUUUUUUACAUAGCAGCUUUAAUAUUCCGGUUUCAACUGUUAACGCUGAUAAGAUAAACCUUUGGAUAUUGAUCCAAAACUUCCUGCUGAAGGUAGUUGUUAACGAACAAUGUUUUAAUAAUUUGUCAAAGCAAAUUCAAAAGCCCAUUUUAAUCUACAAAUAACUCUGAACACUGGAAGGACACAAAAGAAAUGUUUUGAUGGUAUUGGAGUGUUCUGUGACCGUAGCAGUUCUGUUUUGUUGUACGGAUGGCGGAAGGCGCUGAUCAACCGCACGUGCCAGGAACUGACGGGACGCCAGGCUGCAACCUCCCAAGCAGCAGUCGCACUCGGUUGAAUAAUGAAGAUGCAUCAUUGGAACUUAGUAAUGUUUUAAACAUCUUGGGGUAUGGGCCGGAGCUUAGACACCGACGCCGGGAAUGUUAUAGAGAGAACGACAGACGCUACAAUGAACGAUGGGGCACUGACUUUUGUCAUGAUAGAAUCAUAGUAGGAAGUAAGGCAGAGGGGCUUUCCCGUUGUUUUGAAAGUGACUGGGACAUCUUACACGUGUUUAACUUUGCCGAAUGCCUAGAAGCCGGUUGUGACGUAAACUCGAUUCCAGAGAACAUACCCGUGUUCAGAAUGGAUACAGAUAUAUGUUACCCGGGGCAUAGCAUACUGCUGCUGGAGCGAGGUUUACCGUUAUUUCUUCUUUCGGCAUUGCAAAAUUAUGGACAAGGGAAACUUAUUCUAAGCAGCGACGCCCUUCUAAAUAUUCCUAGUAUUACUUCACGCAUUUUACCAGGACCCAUUUACAAUGAUCGUGCGGGGCCGUCACUGCCGUUACCUUUUGGAAACACUACUAUUGACACAGUACUCGCACUACGUUGUCAUUGCCCUAGCAUACUACAGAGGUGGGCUGCCAGAUCUCGACAUUGGCCGCCAACAAAUGUUGUUGAAAAAGUCGUAUCAAUGGGGGCAUUUCUUACUCCUGUUGGGUUUAAAGAAAGCAAAAAUAAGAAUAUUGAAUGGAGAAUUUGCUUCAACACGGGUGAGACAGAAUUGAUGAUUAAUCUGAACGACACACAGAUGAAAUUAUACGUUUUGUUGAAAAUGAUCGCAAAAGAUGUACUCAAACCACGACAUAAAGAAGUAACAUCAUACAUGAUGAAAAAUAUAGUUUUAUGGCUAGCAGAGAACAACCAUCAGUAUAAGUUUCAUGAGAGGAGUUUGUUUUUCUGGCUGCAUGAGUCACUUCUGAAACUAAGAACUGCACUGUCCGCAAAACAACUACCAUACUUUAUGAUCCCAGAGAGGAAUCUUAUGGCAGCCACUGGGCUGACGGAUGCUCAGCAGCGAAUAUGGAUAACAACACUCACGGACAUGAUGGAUGAAUGUCCAAAGUUAAUCAGGAGGUUGCCGAAGAUACGACAAGCCAUUAUCUCGCACCCGGACCCUCUGCGCUGGUACAAUGGGAGGAGAAUCGAAUUGGAAAUUAUUUUGCUAGAAGUCAUAAAAAAUGCCACAGACAUCAGUGAUAUCAGCUUUGGUGAUAUGUUUUAUUAUGUGCUUCAAAAUGGUGUAAUGUGGCGUGCUGUGGAGAUAAUUGCCGAAGUCUCUGAGAAAGUACGCUCGGGAGGAAGUUCGGAAACAGCUAAUUUAUUUGAGGGCUUGCAAAUAAUGUAUAGAUUCUUAAUGUAAGAACUUUAAAAAUAUACAUAGUCCUUUAUAUGCACAUACACGGAUCAUUAUGAUCAUUAUAACAACUUUGAUCGGAAUUGUUUACGUUGCACUGUUCCUAUAUAUUCAUUAAACUUAGUUUGAUGUAUUAAAUCAUAUAUACGAUGAGUGUAAGAAGUAUUGAUAAGCAAGAGUUUAAACCUUUUAUAUGCCGAUAUAAUUAACAUCAGAAGGCUUCCUCACAACGCAUUGUCAUACAUGUAUAUACAAUCAGUUGAGAACUAUUGUACAGAAGUAUCAACGCAUUGUCAUACAUGAAUAUACAAUCAGUUGAGAACUAUUGUACAGAAGUAUGCAAUAACGUUAUAUAUUCAUGUGUGGUAGGUAUGAUGUAAACAUGCGCUUGCACGAUUUUGCCAUACACAAACGUCUUUAGAACCUCCAAAUGAAAACGUGUAUCGCUUUUGAAAACCCAUUUACAUCUAUUGGGUAUUACCUCAGUAGACGACACUUAGCCGUAAACUAUUUCUUUAAUACAAUCGUGCUAGCUUGUCACCAAUUUGUUCGAUAACCAUAACCAUUAUAUAUUAACAUUAUUUAUGGUAAGAUGAACUCUUGAAGUGUCCAUCGUUCAAAUCUUUUGUUAUUUGUAUGUGCCUGUAUUUUAUUUAAAUCAUGAUACAAUGCAAAACAUAUCUGUGAUAUAUCAAUCCUUUUAUACAUUAUUAUUUUAAUAUACUUGACGCAUGUUCUCUUAUGCAUCUCACUUUUGUAUCAUAUAUUCAACUUUUAAAUGUUUGCAAAAUACGUUAGCCGACAACAAAUAAUAGUUUGUCUGAGUAUGUUUUUCUAAACUAUCAAGUCAUGAAUUAUGUCACGGUGGUUAAAUGCGUUUUUAUGUUAUCGACAAGCUUUUUGAUUCCUUGAGAAAAAAAACUUAUUUCAACUUUGGGUGUGCAAGCAGAGUUUUCAGUAUGGAAAGGCGAUAAGUUUAGUAGUAUAAUUCUCCAUAUAUUAUCCUAAAUGUCGACCGUUCAAGUCCAAACAUUCAAACAUUAAAGAAUGGAGAAAUUUUUAUUAUUUUGCUGCAUUUAACGUGAACAUGUUAUUGAUUAUCUGUAGAUAUAUGUUGAUUUUUUGUUAGUAAUUUUACCUGAGUAUAUUACUGUUUAUUGUAAAUAUCUGCUAUGUCUUGUUGGCCUUUACCUGUGUUAAGGGGAGUAAUAUAUUCUGUCAAAACUGUU